AAUGGUCCAUAAUUGAAUAUGCCAGCUUUUCUUUCUCACCACUGGAUCUCGUUAGCUUCAUGAUCAUUCUACUAUAAUGUUCAUUUGAAGCAGCUGCACUGGAUUAUGCUAUCAGAAAUUAAUUUAACAGACCUUUACAAUUUUUUCUGCAUAAACUCUGCAAUCAGUGACAGAAAGCGAGGCUCUUCGAUUGCGGAUGAAACCGCCGAGUACAUGCGAAUCCGCCUGGUGUUAACGAACAGAAGAGUGUCGUUUGCAGACAGUACGGGAGCCGAGCUGGUUGAUGUCAGAAUGUUUGUCCCGUUUGAUUCAGACGAAGAGGACGAUUCAAGAUGGGAGGAAGAGGAGGCGCGGUACCGAAAAGCCUACUGUGAGCCCACUUACCGUGUGUGGCCGGAGUUCCAGCCGCUCACCGGAGCGGAGUUCGUGCUUGCUGCCCACAGCAACAAGCUGGAAGUGGAGAGCGUGACAUCUGUGCCAGAUGAGCCUCUGUCAUUCGAGGUGCUUAUUCGUGUGCUCAACAUUUCUUUUCACAAAUCAGUCUAUGUCCGGUCCACGAUGGAUGGUUGGAUCAAUCACUUUGAUUACCCAGCCGAGUAUGUCCAGGGCUCCAACGACGGCGAAACGGACAAGUUCUCCGUGAAGCUGGCCUUCGCUUCACCGUACCUGUUCAACGGAGCGCGGAUUGAUUUUGUUGUGCGCUACGAGACGCCAGAUGGAGAGUUUUGGGCGAACAACUCUGGCAGGAAUUACUCGGUAACUCUGUUACAGUCGUAUGAAGAAGAAGACACAGUCCAGACCACCACAGCGGACACAACUGAGCUGAGAGGAAUUCUAAAACCUCCCAGGUACCGGUAAGUGGGCGUCAGUGAACUUAUAACACAUAUUUUUUAACAUUAGCCUGUUGUUAAAUCUGUGUUUAGCCAGCUAUCGGUGUUACUCUCUAACCAGCUAAUUUAGCCGUUUAGCACGGAUAAAACAAUUAACUUGUGCAAUGUCGUAUCAAAAACGUUCAAGAUUAAAUGUAAAGACUAAAAACUGGCGUGGAAUACCAUAUAUAAUUGGAAGCGGAGAGGCAGACAAACAGCGUUUUAUGAACACUCCGCUUGAGCUCCAUUUCGGGUUUUGCAUUUCCCACUCUCUGCUUACCUGUAAGUGAGAAACCCUGCGCCGAGAGAUACUGGAGGAGAGGUUGCACAAAUGCGCAUGUAAAAAAA